AGCCCUACCUGCAGUUCCUCCCCGCCAGCACCCACAAGGGCAGGCCCAGAGCCCUACCUGCAGUUCCUCCCCGCCAGCACCCACUGGGCUAGAGCCCAGACGCCUGCUCACUGCUACCAGCUGGCUCCACCUGGAGCAGCUCACAUCCCAGCCAGCCAAGGGCAGCUCCCGUGAGCCAGUGGUUCCUGCUGUCUAGCCACUCUGCUACAGAGGCUGGCCUUGUCCACUCCUCUCUGUGCCUGGGACCUCCACACAGUGUCCAGGAUUGAGUCCCCUCUUGACUCCUGAGGAACAUCCAUGGCCACCUACAGGGUGAAGGUGGCCACAGGCACUGACUUCUUGUCGGGAACCCUGGACUCCAUCUCGCUGACCAUCGUGGGGACCCAAGGAGAGAGCCAUAAGCAGCUGCUGAACCACUUUGGGAGAGACUUUGCCACUGGGGCGGUGGAUGAGUACACUGUCCAGUGCCAACAGGACCUCGGGGAGCUCAUCAUCAUCCGUCUGCACAAAGAACGCUACUCCUUCUUCCCCAAGGACCCCUGGUACUGCAACUACGUGCAGAUCUGUGCCCCCAAUGGCCGUGUCUACCACUUCCCUGCCUACCAGUGGAUGGAUGGCUAUGAGACCCUGGCACUUAGGGAGGCCACAGGAAAGACAAUGGCGGAUGACUCACUCCCCAUCCUUCUGGAACACAGACAAGAAGAGAUCAGAGCCAAGCAGGACUUCUACCAUUGGAGAGUCUUUGUACCUGGGCUGCCCAACUACGUGCACAUUCCCAGUUACCACCCUCCUGUCCGGAGGUUCCGCAACCCCAACCGGCCUGAGUGGAAUGGUUACAUUCCAGGAUUCCCGAUUCUCAUCAACAUCAAGGCCACCAAGUUCCUGAACUCAAACCUCCGUUUCUCUUUCGUCAAGACUGCCUCCUUCUUCUUCCGCCUGGGGCCCAUGUCACUGGCAUUCAAACUCCGGGGCCUGGUAGACUCAAAACGUUCAUGGAAGAGACUAAAGGACAUUAAGAAAAUUUUCCCUGCCAACAAGACUGUCAUCUCUGAGUAUGUGGCUGAGCACUGGGCAGAGGACACCUUCUUUGGGUACCAGUACCUCAAUGGCAUCAACCCAGGACUCAUAUGCCGAUGUACAAGGAUCCCAGACAAGUUCCCUGUCACAGAUGACAUGGUGGCCCCGUUCCUGGAUGAGGGAACAUGCCUGCAAGCAGAGCUGGAGAAGGGGAACAUUUACCUGGCAGACUACCGCAUCCUGGAGGGCAUCCCCACCGUGGAGCUCAACGGCCAGAAGCAGCACCAUUGUGCCCCACUCUGCCUGCUGUACUUCAACCCCCAGGGCAACAUGAUGCCCAUCGCCAUCCAGCUGAGCCAGACCCCUGGACCUGAUUGCCCCAUCUUCCUGCCCAGCGAUUCUGAGUGGGACUGGCUGCUGGCCAAGACAUGGGUGCGCUACGCUGAGUUCUACAGUCACGAGGCCAUCUCCCACCUGCUGGAGACCCACCUCAUCGCUGAGGCCUUCUGCCUGGCCCUGUUGAGGCAAUUGCCCAUGUGCCACCCCCUAUACAAGCUCCUCAUUCCCCACACCCGCUUCACGGUCCAGAUCAACAGCAUCGGGCGGGCCCUCCUCCUCAACGAGGGGGGCCUCUCUGCCAGGGCCAUGUCCCUGGGCCUAGAGGGCUUUGCUGAGGUGAUGGUGCGGGCUCUGUCUGAGCUCACCUACGACAGCCUCUAUGUCCCCAAUGACUUUGUGGAGCGUGGUGUCCAGGACCUGCCUGGGUAUUAUUUCCGUGAUGACAGCUUGGCAGUAUGGGACGCAAUGGAGAGGUAUGUGACAGAGAUCAUCACCUAUUAUUACCCGAAUGACGCAGCCGUGGAGGGUGACCCGGAAUUGCAGUCCUGGGUGCAGGAGAUAUUCAAGGAGUGCCUCCUAGGGCGUGAGAGCUCAGGCUUCCCCACUUGCUUGCGAACGGUGCCUGAACUGAUCCGAUAUGUCACCAUCGUCAUGUACACCUGCUCUGCUCGGCACGCAGCUGUCAACACGGGCCAGUUGGAGUACACAGCCUGGAUGCCCAACUUCCCAUCUUCCAUGCGGAACCCGCCGAUGCAGGCCAAGGGGCUGACCACGUUGGAGACCUACAUGGACACGUUGCCGGAUGUGAAGACCACUUGCAUCGUGCUCUUGGUACUCUGGACCCUCAGUCGGGAACCUGAUGACAAGCGGCCCCUGGGCCACUUCCCAGACAUUCACUUCGUGGAGGAGGUCCCGCGGCGGAGCAUGGAGGCCUUCCGCCAGCGCCUGUCCCAGAUCUCUCACAAUAUCCGACAGCGCAACAAGUGCCUCGCUGUCCCCUACUACUACUUGGACCCUGUGCUGAUUGAGAACAGCAUUUCUAUCUAGGAUGGCCCUCCCUGCUCCAUAUUCUUUGUUUUCCUAUUUUCGAAUAAAAUUAUUUCAAAU